AUGGCGAACCGUACGCCAAUCGAUAUGCCUAUUCCGGGCACUAAGCAAGCACCAUUCUUCAAAGGGAGAUGGUAUGAAGUCAUCCCCUUCCUCGAUGCCUAUGAGCAACUCAGCACUGUCAACAACCUGGACAAUACCACGAAAUGCACUUACCUAUUGAGGUACUGCCCUCGACAGGUCGCCGAAGUCAUCGAAGGCAUGCGCGCCUUUCACGCGCGCAAUUGGCCGAACCUUCGCGCUGAAAUAGAAGAGCAAUUCAGUGCCGAUAGAGCAGACAGACGUUUUGAAAUUCAAGACCUAGCGCACGAACUCAAACGAUCUCGGCGCGGACAUAUCCGCAACAUAUACAGCUUCCGCAACUAUCUUCGGGAGUUCGGACGCAUUGCCGGAUGGCUCCUAGACAAAGGAAAGAUCAGUGAACGCGAACACGACUCGUAUUUUUGGGCUGGACUCCCGCGCGAAACUUACAAGGAACUGGAGGCCCGCAUUCUCCUCCUCAAACCGAGUAUCAGCCGCACCGAACCUUACCCGAUCGACAUGGCAAAAGAUGCCGCUCGAUUUAUCUUCGAUCGCGACACUUUUGAUCCUAAUCGACAUGUUAAUCUGGUAACGUCAGACGACGAAGACGCACCGUCGGAUCCUAGGAGAGAAACCGAUUGA